AUGGUGAAGAAAGCCAAGAUUCUCGACCAAGUCGAGUCGUCGGAAGAGGAGCAGUUUCAUGAAUACUUGGUCAAGGUUGUUUUCAGUAUGUAUCUAUUCCGUGCUUGUGCUCAACGGGUCUCCCACCUACAGUGGGCUGGCUAUGAUUCGGAUUACGAUACCUGGGAACCAAGGAAGAAUAUGCAGGGUUGCGAGCGACUCUUAAAGAGCUUUUGGGCGGACGUCGGCCAGGACAAAAAACACUGUCCACCUGGUACUGUUAUGCGUGCCACACCUACUUGGAUUAAGAGAGAGAAAGCGUUUUUUGCCAAAAACUGGGGUGCUAUAAAGGUCAAAGCCAAUGAGGAACAGAGCAGCCAACAAGAGAGUGGGGAACAAAGCAGUGAUGAAUUUAUCCAGCUCCCAAAGAAACGCAAGAUAUCGCGCAAGUCCACAGCGGAGCCUAGUAAGAAGCGUGGUCGUGUGUCACAAGCGGAUGCAUCCACAGCGCAGUCGUCCAGAAAAUCCCAGAAGAAACAGACACAAUCCGUGGGGCAGGAUGCCAGUAGUAGUGAGGAUGGUCAAACAGACUCCGGGGUAUAUCCCACUUCCCGCAUAACCAAGAAGCGCGUGUGGAGAGAUACGGACGACGCCGUCAUAUCUAUUUCUGGAAGUUCUGAAGACGAAUCUCUUCAAAGAGUCACAAAAACAAUAUCUAACGCGAAUGCAAACGAUGCAGACGUAGGCAGUAUUGCUCAAGGUGCACGAAAAGACAAAGGGAAACAAAGAGAACAUGAUCCACCACCCCCGUCCGAUGGUGCGGAGAGCGACGGAAAGAACUCUCUGUUCUCAGGACCGCCGUCACCACAGGGGCCUCUUGUAUCCACAGGCACCCGUGACGAAUCUCUGCAGUCCAAAUUGCGUAACAAUGAAGGGCCGGCGACAAAGCAGGCAUUGACUUCCAGUAGCGUGGGAUCUAGACCUCAGGAGCGUCGAGGUAUCAAACCAAUGCCCCUUCAGACGACAGGCGGAGGGCCUUCUCAGGGUAUUUCGACCAAAGCCCGCCUUGCGCAGAAAGCCAGAGAUCUAACUGCUGUGAAUGCGGUACCAACUUCUGCACAAAUACAAAGGAAAGCCUUGGCUCAGCUGUCAUUUAAGAAGGCACCUGGCGGAUCAGGUGGCACGUUGUCUACCCCCGUGCAAGACCCACGCUCUCCUGGCCAGGUAGUAGCCAAUCCGUCUCAGUCCGCUGCACUUCCUGCUACGAGCGCCGUCGGCGACGUUUCGCAAUUCGUGCAAUCACCUGAAUCUAUGCAUGGGCCCAUUUCUCCGCUGGAACCGCGAUCCGAGCCGCUGUUCUCUGAGGCCACCAAAUCUGCGCGACCCCAGAUAUCUCUACCGCGACGGCCGGCGCAACCUUCGAAGCCGGCAUCGCCCCACGACAAAAUGUCGGAGACAGACAAGUUUCUCUUAAAUAUCAUGCCAUCAGAUUUUGCAGCACACAUGGAAGAAAAUCCUGGGACUGAAUAUAUUCCACCACCUGUGCACGCUGCUUCAAAUGUGCCCUCGAAGCCACAGAAUAUUGGCAGAAUCCCAAAGAAGUGGAGGUGGUCAGGAGAGUUAUUCAUCGACAUUGAUAACGGCAAAGGCCAACGGCUUUGCAAUAUCGCGUUAUACGACGCUACUGAUCCUCGUCCGAAUGGCCUACGCUUCAGUGUCUGUUUCGUUUCGGUUGACUCUAUCAGACUUGGUAGAAUGCAUAACGUGCCGGAGCUGUACUUACUUUUGAAUUCAAGCACUCCAGUUCAGCAAUUUGCCAAGCUCGGCCAUCAAGAAGAGGAAGAUGCGGAUGCUUUGAGAACCCUUGCCUCCUACAUGAGGCGUCAAAGGAUGUUUACCUAUACCCGUCUGACACUUGACGGUGAAGAAGUUGCUUUGAUGCUGGUUUUCCCUUUUAUCAAUGAACUCUACUCGCUUCUCAAAGUCCCGUCUGAUUUGAGGGACGGUCACCCCCUCCUGGCGGCGCUCGUCCCCUGGGAAUUGUCGCGUUCAGAAUAUAACAAGGCUCUAUGGUAUCAGCCUAGGUCUCUUAUCCCAGACGACCGCCUUUUGGAUCCCAACUUGGCGACCAUGAUGCGAGACAAAAAUGCUGUUCCUAGGCGAUAUAGAGCUCUCGAUGUCCAACGCGCCCUGAGAUUCCUCAAAGCUACCAAAUCGUUCUAUGAUUUCAUAACUUCUAGCAGCCGACUAUACUGUAUUUGGCAUUCUCCUACCGACGGAUCUUCCACGCAACAUAAUCCUGACACCGUUUGUCUCCGUGUCGUCUUGGACGCAUGCAGAGCGCGCGACGUGGGCGAUACGUCUCAUGCUCGGAUCGUAUUUUCACAUGUUGAUGCCCUACCGACAUUAUACAAACUACCAGGAUUGGCUGAGAGGCGAUUUAAAUACCCUGAAGUGCGGUUCUACUCGUAUGGAAGCCAUGAAAAUGUUCCUGCCAGCCGUUGGGGGAUACGAGAAAUAUUCCCUCUCGGUGGAAUUGUAACAUUCACUCCUUCUGCAAUCAUUGGAGAUAUUAUCGGCACGUAUGACUUGAUAAAGAAGCUCGAUGAACACCCACUGUGGCAGUGCUAUCUUUUGCCAUCAGUAGUGGCUACGCUCGCCAAGCUGACAUGCCAAGGACAGCCACCACUGGCCCUAUACGACAAGGGGGAAUUCUUAUUCGAAGAACUGCUCAGGUUAAUCAACGAAGGAACUGUUUCGCUUCUAAUUGCCCCGCCACCUCUGCAUCAAUUGAAGAAUAACCGUGCGUUAGCCACGGAGUGGACCAGUUGGCAGAUUGACUUGCUGGAGACUCAUACUGCGCGCGAGACGUUGAAAUUCUGCCUUGAGACCGCGUCAGCACAGCAUUUAAAUGUCGCGGAACAAGAUCUUCCUGAAGCUAUACAGAAGGAAAUUGCGCGGGAUCUAUGGAUGAUGCAAUCGCAACCAGCUAUCAUGGACGAAUACCGGCGUCUCGUCGUCAUAAAGUCUGAAGCUGACACGUAUUUCAGGCAACACAAGGAAGGUAUUGAAUGCGUGUGCAUGUCAGACUUUGAAUUCAAGGACGACUAUUUCAAGGCAUUGCCGUGA